UGUUCUAAGAACGGAAGCAUCUGGGCUGAAUGGAAUUUAGCAUCAAAAAAAGUCCUCUUUCUGUUCAGAAAGUUGUAAAGUGCAUAAAGAUGAAGCAGACACCAGAAAUCCUUGGCAAUACAAAUGGAAAGACUCAGAACUGUGAAGUGAAUCGUGAAUGUUCUGUAUUCCUCAGCAAAGCCCAACUCUCUACCAGUCUACAGGAGGGGGUCAUGCAGAAAUUUAAUGGCCACGAUGCACUUCCCUUUAUUCCAGCUGAGAAGUUGAAAGAUCUAACUUCCCGUGUGUUUAAUGGAGAACCCGGUGCUCACGAUGCCAAAUUGCGUUUUGAGUCCCAGGAAAUGAAAGGAAUUGGGACACCACCUAACACUACCCCUAUCAAAAAUGGCUCUCCUGAAAUUAAGCUGAGAAUCACCAAAACAUACAUGAAUGGGAAACCUCUCUUUGAAUCUUCCAUUUGUGGUGAUGGUGCUGCUACUGUGUCCCAGUCAGAAGAAAAUGGACAGAAACCAGACAAUAAGGCAAGAAGGAAUAGGAAGAGAAGCAUAAAAUAUGACUCCUUACUGGAGCAGGGCCUUGUGGAAGCAGCUCUGGUGUCCAAGAUCUCGAGUCCCUCAGAUAAAAAGAUUCCAGCUAAGAAAGAGUCCUGUCCAAAUACCAGCAGAGACAAAGACCACCUGUUGAAAUACAAUGUCGGCGAUUUGGUGUGGUCCAAAGUGUCUGGUUACCCUUGGUGGCCAUGCAUGGUUUCUGCCGAUCCACUCCUUCACAGCUAUACCAAACUUAAAGGUCAGAAAAAGAGUGCACGCCAGUAUCACGUACAGUUCUUUGGUGAUGCCCCAGAAAGAGCUUGGAUAUUUGAGAAGAGCCUUGUAGCUUUUGAAGGAGAAGGACAGUUUGAAAAAUUAUGCCAGGAAAGUGCCAAGCAGGCACCCACGAAAGCUGAGAAAAUUAAGCUGUUGAAACCGAUUUCAGGGAAAUUGAGGGCCCAGUGGGAAAUGGGCAUCAUUCAAGCAGAAGAAGCUGCAAGCAUGUCAGUGGAGGAGCGGAAAGCGAAGUUCACCUUCCUCUAUGUGGGGGACCAGCUUCGUCUCAACCCUCAUGUAGCUAAGGAGGCAGGCAUUGCUGUGGAGUCUCCAGGAGAAAUGGUGGAAUCCUCAGGAGUCAUUGAAGAAGCUGCUUAUACCCUCAAGUCCAUGAGAGAAGAGGGCAUUCCCAUCAAGAGGAGGCGGAGAGCCAAGCUGCUUAGCUCUGCUGAAAACCAAGAAAGUGACCCCGGGACAGUAAAGACUACUCCCCAAAAGACAGCAGAGGCUGACCCCAAGAGAGGAGUAGGAUCUCCUUCUGGGAGGAAGAAGGCCACAGCCUCCACUCCGCGGAGCAGGAAGGGAGAUGCAGCAUCCCAGUUUUUGGUCUUCUGUCAAAAGCACAGGGACGAGGUUGUUGCUGAGCACCCAGACGCCUCGAGUGAGGAGAUCGAAGAGUUGCUUGGCUCCCAGUGGAACAUGCUCAAUGAGAAACAGAAAGCGCGCUAUAACACAAAGUUUGCCCUAGUGGCCUCUUCCCAGUCUGAAGAAGACUCUGGUUCAUCAUUGAAGAGUUUUGGAGAGGCCAAACGUAAAGUGUUUCAAGACUCACCUAAAAGGAGACCGAGACCCAGAAGUAACUUAAAUGGGAAAAAAAGAAACCACACAAAGAGGACACAGGACCCUACAGAGGACGUUGAAGUUGAGGAUGCACCCAGGAAAAGACUCAGGACCGACAAGCAGGGUCUUCGGAAGAGAGAGACGAUCACUGACAAAACGGCCCGAACAAGCUCUUGCAAGGCCAUAGAGGCAGCCUCUUCGUUGAAGAGCCAGGCAGCAACGAAACAUCUGUCUGAUGCAUGCAAACCACUGAAGAAGCGAAAUCGGGCUUCUGCAGCAGCGUCUUCAACUCUUGCGUUUAGCAAAAGUUCAUCUCCUUCUGCAUCCUUAACUGAGAAUGAGGUAUCAGAUGGCCUGGGAGACGAGCCCUUGGAGUCUCCGUAUGAAAGUGCAGACGAAACGCAGACUGAAGUGUCCGUCUCCUCUAAAAAGUCUGAAAGAGGAAUAACUGCCAAGAAGGAGUAUGUGUGUCAGCUGUGUGAGAAGACUGGCAGCCUUGUGCUCUGCGAAGGCCCCUGCUGCGGAGCUUUCCACCUCGCUUGCCUUGGGCUUUCCCGGAGACCAGAAGGGAGGUUCACCUGCAGCGAGUGUGCUUCAGGGAUUCACUCGUGUUUCGUGUGUAAGGAGAACAAGACAGACGUUAAGCGCUGUGUGGUAUCUCAAUGUGGAAAAUUUUACCAUGAAGCUUGUGUGAAAAAAUACCCUCUGACUGUGUUUGAAAGUCGAGGCUUUCGCUGCCCUCUCCACAGCUGUGUGAGCUGCCAUGCUUCGAACCCUUCAAACCCAAGACCGUCAAAAGGUAAAAUGAUGCGCUGUGUCCGCUGCCCUGUUGCCUAUCAUGGAGGGGACGCUUGUCUGGCAGCCGGCUGCUCGGUGAUUGCUUCCAACAGCAUAAUCUGCACGGGCCACUUCACUGCUCGGAAGGGGAAAAGGCAUCACGCCCACGUCAAUGUGAGCUGGUGCUUUGUGUGCUCCAAAGGGGGAAGCCUUCUGUGCUGCGAGUCCUGCCCAGCAGCCUUCCACCCCGACUGCCUGAACAUCGAGAUGCCCGAUGGCAGCUGGUUCUGCAAUGACUGCAGGGCCGGCAAGAAGCUCCACUUCCAAGAUAUUAUUUGGGUUAAACUUGGGAACUACAGAUGGUGGCCGGCAGAAGUUUGCCAUCCCAAAAAUGUUCCCCCAAAUAUUCAGAAAAUGAAGCACGAGAUUGGAGAAUUCCCUGUGUUUUUCUUUGGGUCUAAAGAUUAUUACUGGACGCAUCAGGCGCGAGUGUUCCCGUACAUGGAGGGGGACCGGGGCAGCCGCUACCAGGGGGUCAGAGGGAUCGGAAGAGUCUUCAAAAACGCGCUACAAGAAGCUGAAGCUCGUUUUCGUGAAAUCAAACUUCAGAGGGAAGCCAGAGAGACACAGGAGAAUGAGCGCAAGCCCCCGCCGUACAAGCACAUCAAGGUGAAUAAGCCUUAUGGGAAAGUCCAGAUCUAUACAGCUGAUAUUUCCGAAAUCCCGAAGUGCAACUGUAAGCCCACAGAUGAGAAUCCCUGUGGCUUUGAUUCGGAGUGUUUGAACAGGAUGCUGAUGUUUGAGUGCCACCCGCAGGUGUGUCCUGCAGGAGAGUACUGCCAGAACCAGUGUUUCACCAAGCGCCAGUACCCUGAAACCAAGAUCAUCAAGACAGACGGCAAAGGAUGGGGCCUGGUCGCCAAGAGGGACAUUAGAAAGGGAGAAUUUGUCAAUGAGUAUGUUGGUGAGCUGAUUGACGAAGAGGAGUGUAUGGCAAGAAUCAAGUACGCACAUGAGAACGACAUCACUCACUUUUACAUGCUCACUAUAGACAAGGACCGGAUAAUUGAUGCUGGCCCCAAAGGAAACUAUUCCCGAUUUAUGAAUCACAGCUGCCAGCCAAACUGUGAGACCCUCAAGUGGACAGUGAACGGUGACACUCGCGUGGGCCUUUUUGCUGUGUGUGACAUUCCUGCAGGGACGGAGCUGACUUUUAACUACAACCUCGAUUGCUUGGGUAAUGAAAAAACAGUCUGUCGGUGUGGAGCCUCUAACUGCAGCGGGUUCCUCGGGGACAGACCAAAGACCUCAACGUCCCUUUCUUCAGAGGAAAAGGGCAAAAAGUCCAAGAAAAAAACCAGGAGGCGUAGAACAAAAGGUGAAGGAAAGAAGAAGUCUGAAGACGAGUGCUUCCGCUGUGGCGAUGGGGGCCAGCUGGUGCUGUGUGACCGCAAGUUCUGCACCAAGGCCUACCACCUGUCCUGCCUGGGCCUGGGCAAGCGGCCCUUCGGGAAGUGGGAAUGUCCUUGGCAUCAUUGUGACGUGUGUGGCAAACCUUCUACUUCAUUUUGCCACUUUUGCCCCAAUUCGUUUUGCAAGGAACACCAAGAUGGGACAGCCUUCAGCUCUACCCAGGAUGGGCGGUCAUACUGCUGUGAGCAUGACUUGGGGCCAGAGUCGGUUAGAAGUGCCAAGACUGAGAAACCCUUUCCAGAACCCAUGAAGUCAAAGGGGAAGAGGAAGAAGAGGAGGUGUUGGCGGAGGGUCACCGAAGGCAAAUAGCGCCACGUGGUGGCUUGGCCAGAUCCAGGGCAGCGUUGGGCAGCCAGCCCACCUUGUGGGUAGAGGGCCGAGUGUGGGACUGGCCCGAAGGACCCAGCUUGAAGCCACCACAGAUAGAGUAUAGGCCUCCUAGGGAGGGAGCGUCUUCCCCACCACUGAGCCAUCCUCAGCAGCGCCCGCUGCUCUGCACUGAUGACCCAUCUGAGCCGCGUGGUUCGGAAGGUUCCAGGACAAACAAGCCUUACUACACAGCAUUACAGCUACACUUGAAUUUCUAAGAAUGUCAAGGUUCCCUCCCACUCUAUUUUUUUAGGAUAAAGUUAUGAUUGAAAUUUAAUUGGCAUAUGAAAUGUUUUUAUCUCACCCGAAAUGUAUAGAGUAGUAUUUUUUCUAAAGGAUCACUAUUAUCUCUUUAAUCUUAACAAUGUUACUCAGUCUGCUUACCUGUCGUCAUCACUCAGGAGAGACCAGGGUGGGGCCUGGGCAAGGACUCAGACCCUGAAUUCCUUGGAAAUCAUAAUUUUGAUCAUUAUUUUGCUCUUAGGAAACAACUGUAUGAUUUUUUUAUACUAAUGUGAAAUUUUUCCUCAAAAUGCUUCUUUUCCAUCCUAGUGAGAAGCCGGCCCCAGGAAUGGUGAUAGUGAUAGUGUUGUUGUAAGAUUUCCCCUGUAGGUUUUUUCUCUUCAUGGAUUUGAACUAAAUGCCGCUAUCAUGUCAGCCUUUAAAGGGUAGGGUCGCAUGGAGCAGCCUUUCCUGACGAGGCUCGGUUGGGCGCUUCUCACCUGUGCCUGUCUCCUGAACACACUAGGUUCUUACCAACAUUGGGGGAAGACUUUGUAUAUUUUUUUUUGUUUGGCUUUUAUCAGUUUCUGGCUUUAUUCUCAAUAUAUUUUUGCUAAACUUGUUUCACAAAUUACCACCGACUGAAAUGUGUAUUUACUGAUGCGACCCUGAGUUCUCACAACAAAAGGAAUGAACUCGGUAGGGCUGUGGCCCCUGUGGUGAGUUUCUUUCAAGUGAAAACUUAGGGACAUGGUUUUGAACGUGUUGUGUUCUGCCCUCCCUGUAGUACCGCAAGUGACGGUCCAGCAGCAGGGCACUGCUAGGUGCUCCCCUCUUGGGACCCAGUGGACGUGGGAAAUGUGCAUUUCUGGAAAAUGUUCUUUUCGGGGUCUGAGCAGAGACCUGGAGUUUAGAACUAUUGCCAUCUGAAGUUAUUUCCAUUUCAUCACACUUUGUGGGUCUGUUCAUGGAAAAUGUGAAUUCUGCUGGUCACACAUGCUCAGUACCACCGAGAAGCACUUGUCCUGGGGCUUGAGGGCUGCUGGGCACCACCGACCUGACGGGCAUGUGGGGAUCUGGUCUUGCGAUGGCCAGGCCUGACACUGUUUCCCUGUGAGAUUUCCGUUAACCUUUAGUUAUUAAAAGGCCCAGCCCCAUAAAGUGAGAAACUUCUGGGAAGUACUAAGUUCUCUGUGGAAGACUUGAUCCUUCUUUUCUAGAGCUUCUCUGAGCAUCCCAAGAAAAGGGGCUGAGAAAAGGGGGAGCGUCCUUCCAGGCACCCCUGUGCCCUCAGAGGGGCCUGCCUGUCUCCACAUGUGUGAUGAGAG